UGGAGGGUGUUCAAAGCGCAUAAUGCUCACAGCCCUGCCUCUCAGUUUUCACAGCAUCUGUAACCAUGUAGACUUCAAAGAGGGAGUUGGCUGUCGUCUUGCGGAUACUUCAAAUCUCUAUCCUACAGAGUACACCUCAUCCUCACUGAAUGAGGAGCCGGGAUGGCAGGGGGACGUAGAGGACUUGUGGCCCCUCAGAAUACUUUUCUUGAGAAUAUUGUCAGAAGGUCCAACGACACCAAUUUUGUUUUGGGAAAUGCCCAGAUUGUGGACUGGCCCAUUGUCUACAGUAAUGAUGGAUUCUGCAAACUCUCAGGAUACCAUCGAGCUGAAGUUAUGCAGAAGAGCAGCACCUGCAGCUUUAUGUAUGGUGAACUCACUGACAAAGAGACAUGUGAGAAAGUACGGCAGACCUUUGAGAACUACGAAAUGAAUUCUUUUGAAAUUCUCAUGUAUAAAAAGAACCGAAUGCCUGUGUGGUUUUUUGUCAAGAUCGCCCCCAUCCGCAAUGAGCAAGACAAAGUAGUGCUUUUCCUGUGCACGUUCAACGACAUCACUGCAUUUAAGCAGCCCAUUGAAGAUGAUUCAUCUAAAGGUUGGGGUAAGUUUGCCCGUCUGACACGUGCUUUGACAAGUAGCCGUGGUGUCCUUCAACAGCUGGCUCCCACUGUUCAUAAGGGCGAGAACGUCCACAAACACUCCCGUUUGGCUGAGGUAUUACAACUGGGUUCAGACAUCCUCCCCCAGUAUAAACAAGAGACGCCUAAGACCCCACCCCAUAUUAUCCUGCAUUACUGCACCUUCAAAACCACCUGGGAUUGGGUGAUCCUCAUCCUUACCUUCUACACGGCCAUUAUGGUGCCCUAUAACGUCUCUUUCAAGACCAAGCAGAACAAUGUUACCUGGCUGGUGGUGGACAGCAUUGUAGAUGUGAUCUUCCUGGUGGACAUUGUGUUGAAUUUCCACACAACAUUCGUUGGGCCUGCUGGGGAGGUUAUCUCGGACCCAAAACUAAUCCGCAUGAACUAUGUGAAAACCUGGUUUGUCAUCGACCUGCUCUCCUGCCUACCCUACGACGUCAUCAAUGCUUUUGAGAAUGUUGAUGAAGGAAUCAGCAGUCUCUUCAGCUCUCUGAAGGUGGUGCGGUUACUGCGACUGGGACGUGUGGCGAGGAAGCUGGACCACUAUAUUGAGUAUGGGGCUGCUGUGUUGGUCUUACUCGUUUGUGUGUUUGGCCUGGCUGCCCACUGGCUGGCUUGUAUCUGGUACAGCAUCGGUGACUAUGAGGUCAUCGACGAGGAAGCCAACAUGGUGCGCACUGACAGCUGGCUGUAUCUGCUUGGUGAAGCAGUGGGUACACCAUAUCACUUCAACGCCAGUGGCACAGGCAAAUGGGAGGGAGGCCCCAGCAAGGACUCAGUCUACAUCACUUCGCUCUACUUCACAAUGACCAGCCUUACUAGCAUCGGCUUCGGAAAUAUUGCCCCCACCACAGAUGGAGAAAAGAUCUUUGCCGUGGCCAUGAUGAUGAUUGGAUCUCUUCUGUACGCCACCAUCUUUGGUAAUGUGACCACCAUCUUCCAGCAGAUGUAUGCUAACACUAACCGCUACCAUGAGAUGCUGAACAGUGUGAGAGAUUUUUUAAAGCUCUACCAGGUCCCUAAGGGGCUGAGCGAGAGGGUCAUGGAUUACAUCGUCUCUACUUGGUCCAUGUCCAGGGGAAUCGACACUGACAAGGUGUUACAGAUCUGCCCGAAGGAUAUGCGAGCGGAUAUUUGUGUCCACCUCAACAGAAAGGUGUUCAAAGAGCAUCCUGCAUUCCGCUUAGCCAGUGACGGUUGUUUGAGAGCCCUUGCCAUGGAGUUCCAGACCAUCCAUAGCGCUCCAGGGGACCUCAUCUACCAUGCAGGCGAAAGCGUGGACAGCCUCUGCUUUGUCGUAUCUGGAUCUUUGGAGGUCAUUCAGGAUGAUGAGGUGGUUGCCAUUUUGGGAAAGGGUGAUGUGUUCGGAGAUGUGUUCUGGAAAGAAGUGAAUUUAGCACAGGCCUGUGCAAAUGUACGAGCACUAACAUACUGUGAUCUUCAUAUCAUCAAGCGUGAUGCCUUACAGAAAGUUCUGGAAUUCUACACAGCCUUCUCUAACCACUUCUCACGGAACCUGGUGCUGACCUACAAUCUGAGGAAGAGGAUAGUCUUCCGCAAGAUCAGUGACGUGAAGCGAGAGGAAGAAGAGAUGCUGAAGAGGAAGGACGAAGCCCCUCUCAAUUUUCCUCCAGAUCACCCUGUGCGACGCCUCUUCCAGCGAUUCCGUCAGCAGAAGGAGGCCCGAAUGGCAGCAGAGCGAGCCAGCCAGGGAGAAAUGGAUGUGGAACAAGGUUCUGUCCACAUGGAGAAGACUAUGGUCCAUGAAGUCAACGCUACAACCAGCAUUGUUACAGUCACUGAAAGCCCUGCAACACCCCUGGCAUCUUCCUCUUCGUCCUCCACAUCAUCUUCAUCAAGGACUUCAAAUCGAGCUAAACUUCAUGCUCCUUUUGGCCCUAGUGGUAACCAAACAGGAGGUACAUCUUCUGAACCUCCUAAAGGCAAAGCCUGGAGUCGGUUUAAAGAGGCCACAGGGAAGUCAGAUCUCUCCUGGAGCUCCGUUUCCAAAGCAGAGUCAAUGGAGACCCUACCAGAUAGGACUAAGUCACAAGAUGAACUGUCACUGAAGAAGACAGACUCGUGCGACAGUGGCAUCACAAAGAGUGAUCUGCGGCUGGAUAACAUGGGUGAAGGGACAGCCCGAACCCCUCAGGACCGAAGCCCCAUUCAGGCAGAGGGAAGACGAGUCUUUUACCCCAUUCCAGAAUACAGCCUUCAGGCGUCCUUCUUGGAGCUAAAGCAAGAACUGAGAGGAGACAUCUGCUCCCUUAAUAGCCGCAUGGCAGUACUGGAGGGCCAACUAGCUGAGAUGCUAAGACUGCUCAAAUCAAGAAAGAUUUCAGGCUCCUCGCACCUGUUUGAGUUAUCACGACCUGAGUCACCAGAUUCAGACAAGGAUGAUAUGUUCUCCUAA